AUGGAAGUCAAUUGGCGAGUUUCCCUGGAAGUCAAACUCAACCAACUUCAAUAUAAGUGCCCGAUACCACGGCUUGUGAGCGCAUACUUUUACUGCAAGCAGAACGGUUGGGACGAGCUCUGCGCGUCCAUGGUCUUGAAGGCGGGCAAUACAGACCUGCAUACGUUCGCCAAACACUGGGGCAACUAUGGCUUGCGUCAAUUCUCCCUCGCGUUUGUCGGAGCAGAAGACGUAUUUGCUGCAGAGCAGGAACGUGGAAUAGAUGGACGACCGGUGAUGUUUCCCGGAUGGUAUAGAGUCAAGGAGUACUUCGAAAAUCAAUUUGACGUGGAACAAGAACGGGCCCUCAUGCAGGAAACCGGAGCAUCAAAUGACCUUGCAAUGUCCUACUUACUCCAGCCUGUGGAGGACCUGCUGAGCAGAAACUACUCCGCUGUGGGAAUACUAGAGAAGUGGGAAACGAGCAUGACACUCUUCAAUAAAGCUCUCAAGGUGCCGAGUUUCAACUGGCAAACGGCUUCUCGCAACCUCGGGCGAAAAAAUGUUGACAAGAGACUCCAUGACGAGGAGGCCCAUGCGCUACGCGCUGCGUGGGAUGACCCGGUCCUCGCAAAAACGUUGUGGCUUGACAUUUUCCUGUAUGACCACGCUGUCGCCGUCCACAACAAGCAGGUCGAAGAACAUGGCAUUGUGUAG